UUAUUUGGUUAGACUUAUUACAAUAAAAAUGUCCGAUGCAUACCCAGAAUACAUUGAAGAAUUAAGUAUUGAAAUUUCAGAUUUCAAUCCUAUUAGCCCUACAUGCCAUAUACCUCUACCUGACACAAUGCCAAAAUGA